GAAAGAUCCUGAAGGCAAGUGUCCUGUCCAUGCAUGCGUACAUAGAUAGUAGAAUGGACGCAAAUGCAGGAUACUCUAGACCAGAUUUUGCAAGCGCUGCAUAAGCCAGGGAUCCGGCCAGCAACUUUACCAUCGCUGCCACUCUCAGCGAUGGCAGGCCUCUAUGCAGCUCAAUCAGGACCACCACCAAGUGUAUCAUCAACAGUAGCUCUAUCUCAGACUAUUGCUUCUUCAUCUUCUGGUCCAACGACUGUUGCUACACCACAGUCGCCACCUGUCUCGCAACCGAGACAGCAAUAUCCUUGGUACCCCAAGACCCCACUGAACCCACCUGCAACCUUCUCAGGAGACAAGAAGGAUGAGGCUCUCGACACAUGGUUGAGAACGGUGCCAGUGUGGGUGAGGGCGAAAAGGACAUUGGUAGAAGAGGAAGUGAUUACUGCUGCAUCCUACUUAGAGGGUUCAGCAGCCCGCUGGCUAAAUGGAUUGGUAGCUUCAAAGGGUUUUGGCAGGAACAUGCAUGAUUGGGCGCAGACCUACACAUUAGAAAGCUUUAUGGACUUAGUGGAGGCUCGUUGGCACAACCCUCAGCAGGCACAGAUUGCCACUGAUGGGCUCUUGAAACUUGAUACUAGAAAGUACAAGUCUGUGCAAGAACUCACCACAACCGUAGAGCGCCUGAUCGUCGUCCCGGGAGUGGAGUACAAUCCACAGGUCUUGCUGACCAUGUUCCUGAGAUGUCUUCCCACAGACAUUAGGAAUCUAUUAGCCAGCGAGGCUCGCAGAGGGUAUCACACAUUUGAGUCAUUCAGCAAGAAGGCCCUAGACUUAGAGGCUAGGUUGGGUGGAGCUCAAACCCCUUCUACGGAUGGGAGAAAGAAGAAGCAUCCACAAGAGUGGAAGAAGAAGGGUAGUCGAUUGAUGAUGGUUGAUUCCGAUGGGAAUCAAACCGAGAUCGAUGAUGUUUCCGGUCUUGUGGAGGGUUCAGAGUUUGACGGCGAGGAGAGGCUGAGGGUAGCAACCUCGCCGCCUGCUGGCUCAGCAGGAAGGGAAGAAGUUGAGACCGAUCGAGUACAUGAGCAAAAAGAUGCCUUCAAAGAAGUUGGCACAAAGUCCACCUACGAGAGGGAACUCUACGCUCUUUACAAGGCACUUGUCCACUGGAGGCACUACCUGUUAGGAAGGUUCUUCUACUUGAGAACUGACCAUCAGACACUCAAGUGGAUCAAGACUCAACCAGUUCUCUCCGAUGCACUCAAACGCUGGAUUGAUGUCAUAGAUCAAUAUGAUUUCAAACUAUACUAUUUGAAGGGAGAGUACAACAAGGUUGCAGAUGCGUUGUCUAGGAGGGCAGAUUACCUAGGUGCGCUGAUUUCUGAGUUUGAUUUGUCUGAGGACGUGACUCGAUCGUUGGAUGAAGCCUACAAGGAAGAUCCCAUCACGAUGGACAUCAUCAACAAACUACAGUCUAAAGACAAGGCCACCACUGAUGAGUUUGUGAUGGUGGAUGGGUUGCUCUUUCUUGAGAAGGCAGGGUUCAAGAGGUUAGUUGUUCCAUCUAGGGAAACUUUGCGUAGUUUGUUUUUAGGUGAGUGCCACGACGCAACAGGACAUUUCGGUUAUAAGAAGACUAGUGCUAACCUAGUACAACGAUUCUGGUGGCCUAACAUGCUUGACGAUGUGAAGAAGUACGUGGAGACCUGUCAGGUCUGUCAGCGGGACAAACCGCGAACUCGAGCUCCGCUUGGGUUACUCAAGCCUUUACCCAUUCCGGCUGGCCCAGGUCAGAGUAUCUCCAUGGACUUCAUGGAUACUCUUGUGACCAGCAAGAAUGGCAAAAGGCACAUUUUCGUCAUAGUGGACAGGUUCACUAAGUACGCUAGACUAAUCACCAUGCCAGAGACUGCCAGUACUGAGCACGUCAUCAAGUUGUUCAUGGACAGCUGGGCUGAACAGAUGAACCGAGUGGUGCAGCAUCUGCUGAGGCAUUACAUCAAGCCCAGCCAGGAUGACUGGGAUGAGAAAUUACCUCUCAUCGCCAGCCUGUACAACAACGCUGUACACAACACCAUCGGCGUCAGUCCUAAUCAACUACAUCUCGGGUGGAAGCCUAGAUCUGCUCUAGACUUCCUCCUGCCUGAAAACCGAACUGCUGCGACUCCUGGAACCAUUGAAUUUGGUGUCCAGUAUGAGAAACUGUUGCAGCAGACUGUCGAACACAUCAAGAAAUCUCAAGAAGCCAUGAUUGCUUCUGAGAACAAGCGUCGCCGACAGUCCACAUUUCAGGUAGGGGAACGUGUUUGGGUCAAGGCUAGUGAGUUGGGACAGGAGUUUGGCAUCUCUAGGAAACUAAUGCCUCAGUAUUUCAGUCCCUGGGAAGUCCUAGACAUUGUGGGGAAUGAUUUGGAUAGUCCCUCGUACGUCAUUCGUAUCCCUGGUCACUUACGCACUUACCCUGUUUUCCACGCUUCCAAGCUUGCACCUUUCGCUGAGACAGCACAGUUCCCAUCACGGAGAUCUAUGCUGCCCCCAACCAUGGAUGGCCACGUGGACGUCGACGACAUUCUGGAUCACAGAGACACGCCUGUUCCCAAGCCACCUGGCAGGGGAAGACCUCCCAAACCUGCAAGGGAAUACAGAGUGGUUUUCUACAGCAAGGAUGGCGGAAAUCAGCAACAAUUUGACUACAGUGGUGACGAGUGCCACGUCAGCAGCGCCACGUCACAGUGCCAGAUCAGCAGUGCCACGUCAGCAGUGCCACAUCAGCAGUGCCAGGUCACAGUGCCACGUCAGACUCAGUGCCACGUCAGCAGUGACGUCAGACACAGUACCACGUCAGCAGUGCCACAGCAGCAGUGCCACGUCAGCAACAUGACGGACCUGCCAGGGCAACUGCCCAACGAGUCCCUUGCCGCCUACAAGCAGCGGUUCCACGCUCAGAUUGAGGCUGAGGAACAACGCCAGCUGGCAGCCGAGGCUGCCCGCGCACAGGCUGAAGAGGCAGCAGCAGUAGAGCAGCUGCGGCUACAGGCCGACGCAGACGCAGAUGCCCAGGCUCGCCGCAAGGAAGCCCAAGAUCUGCUGCAGCGGCAUGAAGCCAACAGCAUCGACAGACUUAAGUUCUGGCACUUCGAACCGAACGGCGACGAGGCAACACCGGAAGAGAAGCACAAGGAGUUCCUCUCCAAACUCGUGACAAGGUUGUUGUAUGCUUGCAACUACCAACGGUCAGAGUUGGAGAGACAGUACCAGGACCUGACGCAACAGCAUGAGGAGUUGGCAAAGCUCCGCCGCAUAGCUGUACCAGGACCAGCUGCUGGGGCUUCCAGCAGUGCACCCUCUAGCCGCCAACUGGAGGACCGCGUUGACCACGUAGUGGCAAUGCUCGGCGACAUCAGCACUUUCGCUGCGCCGACCACCACCAUCAGCAGUCAGCUGCAUACAUUGAAGACCGAGGUCCAACAGCUGCAGUCGACGAAUGCGGACGACAAUCCGAAGAUGUACAAGAUGCCAACUUUCAACCUGGAGAGGUUCGACGACUACACGCAGCAGGAUCCAGUCCUCUGGUGGGAAGCAUUCACAACGCAACUCAGGAUUCUGCCCGUAGCCAAGCAUGCGUACAUCGGCGCCCUGUUCCUGAACUCAAAGGGUGGAUGCCAGACCUGGUUGAGCCACCUGGCAACCUCCCACGGCGCCGACGUACCAGACUUGAAGGACAAAAUCACAUGGGAGGAACUGACACGGCUGUGGAAGAAGCGGUUCAUCGUCGACGACGCGCCGGCACUCGCCAUCAACCGUUUGUUCACCAUGUCACAGGGCAAUACAGCAACACGGGACUGGCUCACGGAGUGGCAGAAGAUUGCGGCUGUGCCCAAUCUGAACCUACCAUUUGAGCAUCUACGCCGUGAGUUCUACAACAGGUCCUGUGCAGCAUUGAGCCAGGCUCUUGGUGAUCGCGAGCAGUACUCAACCUUCGCAGAGAUCAUUGACAAAGCGAGGGAGAUCAUCAAGACCAACAGAUCAACUGCACACGAGAAAUCAACAUCAUGGCAGCCGACCUAUGUGGAGAAGGUACGAACUGGUCCGCGACAGCAGCACUUCGCUGCAGUCCAGCAGGACAGUGGAGAUAACCGAGCAGCCACUCCAGUAUCAAGUGACGGAGAUCAGGUGGCCGCUGUCCAGCCRCGAAGCACCAACAAGUCCCGUAACAAUGGGAAGGCGAAAUCCGCAUCGCARGCCGGAAAUGGACAGCCAAGACAGUUUCCAUGGGUCAAGUUCGGCUUGACCGAGGCGGAGUACAAGGUCCGCGGCCGCUACGGCAGCUGCUAUUGGUGCAACAACACCAAGCACAAGACCUCCCUGUGCCAAGAUCAGGGCAAGGAGGAUGUGCGACCCCGCCUCAACUCGCGAAACUGAGCUCCGCGGAAGAUCCCAAUCCUGUUGAUCUGGUUUGAUCACAGGACGCAGCAGCUGAAACAGAAUCUGGUUCAUCACUUCAGCCUGUCCAUUGGCUUCAAGAUGACGACCAGGUGUAAUAUCCAAGCGUGAAUGAAGGUAGUCCGUACAGUAGGACUGCCAUUCAUGGCAGCAAAACCGAGGAUCUCGAUCACUGACAAUGGAGGUGGGUGGUCCAUGGUGUGUAACCCACCUGUCAGCAAAUGCCGCCUGAACGGCAGGGACUCUGGCUCUGGUAAAGAGAUGAAUUAUGAAUACUUAGAAAACCUGUCCACACAAACCAUGACCUGGUGCAUGCCACCAGGAGUGUUCCUGCCCAAAUCAGUAAAGUCAAUAGACACUA